UACAGAGACAACCACAUAGAACAAUAGUACAAAAUUCAUGUCUAUAUAUAAGCCAUUGUUAUUCUCUCUUAGGAUCCUAAACCUGAAAACAAAAUCAUGGCUGCUGAGUCUACAUUCAAUGAAAACUUGAAGCUCUCGAAACCUUCGAGGAACGAAGACAUCGAAACGAUGAACGGAUUCGGAGAGCUUAGUCCGGGCAUGUUGGAGAACUUUAACAUUAAUACUGACUUUUCAGCAGAAAAUUUCUUAGGCUUCCAUUACCAACUGCCUGAGUAUCCAUUAGAGUUGUCACAAAAUAUUCUUGGCACUUCAAAUUCUAUCCAUACGAAGGAAUAUCAAGUUCAUGCAAUCAACUUGACGAGAGAUCAUAGUUCCCAUGAAAGCAACAAGAGAAGCGUAAAGACAACAAAAGAAAGCAGCACAGAAGCUGUUUGCUCCGCGGCAUCUGCGAAUCCGCUGAACAAAGAUAAUAAGAACAAGAAAACGAAUGGUUUAGCAAAGGAAAAGAAAAGGAGAAAUAAGAGAAAACAGGACAAACCAGAGGAAGUGAUUCAUGUUAGAGCAAAAAGAGGCCAAGCUACUGAUAGUCACAGCUUAGCUGAAAGGGUGAGAAGAGAGAGAAUCAACAACAAACUGAUACGCCUGCAAGACAUAGUUCCUGGAUGCCAAAAGACAAUGGGUUUGGUGACAAUGUUAGAUGAGAUUAUCAGUUAUGUCCAUUCAUUGCAGAAUCAGGUUGAG